AUGGAGGCCAGUGCUGGUUUAGUUGCUGGUUCUCACAAUAGAAAUGAGCUUGUUGUAAUUCCCCGUGAAGGUUAUGGAGAUCCUAAUCGGCCUAUACAUCAAUUAAGAGGGCAAAUUUGCCAGAUUUGUGGUGAUGAUGUUGGACUUACUGUAGAUGGAGAGCUGUUUGUGGCUUGUAAUGAGUGUGCUUUUCCAGUUUGCCGGACUUGUUAUGAGUAUGAAAGACAAGAAGGAAGUCAGGUGUGUCCUCAGUGCAAAACCAGGUUUAAACGUCUCAAAGGGUCUACUAGAGUUGCUGGUGAUGAGGAUGAAGAGGAAACUGAUGACAUUGAGAAUGAGUUUAAUUUCAUGGGGAGGGAUAGUCAAGAAAUGCAUCAGUAUCUUGCUGAAGCUAUGCUUCAAGGUCAUAUGAGCUAUGGAAGAGCUGGAGAUAUGGAUAUGCCUCAAGUUGCACAUACAAUGCCUCAAGUUCCUCUGCUUACCAAUGGCCAGAUGGUUGACGAUAUUGCUCCGGAGCAUCAUGCCUUGGUCCCGUCUUACAUGGGUGGAGGUGGAAAGAGGAUCCACCCCCUUCCUUUCUCAGAAUCUGGCUUUCCAGUUCAACCCAGAUCUAUGGAUCCCUCAAAGGACUUAGCUGCUUAUGGUUAUGGAAGUGUUGCUUGGAAGGAGAGAGUGGAGAGCUGGAAACAAAAGCAAGAGAAAUUACAAGUGAUGAAAAAUGAGAAUGGGGGCAAGGAUUGGGACAAUGAUGGUGACGGGCCUGAUCUACCUAUAAUGGAUGAAGGUCGUCAACCGCUGUCCAGAAAGUUGCCCAUACCAUCGGCCCAGAUCAACCCUUAUCGAAUGAUCAUUAUAAUUCGGCUUGUCGUUGUUGGAUUUUUCUUUCAUUACCGGGUCACUCAUCCUGUGAAUGAUGCUUUUGCAUUGUGGCUUAUAUCGGUUAUUUGUGAGAUUUGGUUUGCUGUUUCAUGGAUUCUGGAUCAGUUCCCUAAAUGGCUCCCCAUUGAAAGGGAAACCUAUCUCGACAGGCUUUCUUUGAGGUAUGAGAAAGAAGGCCAGCCGUCUCAACUCGCUCAAGUCGAUCUAUUUGUCAGUACGGUGGAUCCUUUGAAAGAGCCGCCUUUAGUUACUGCAAACACUGUUCUGUCUAUUCUUGCUGUAGACUACCCAGUUGACAAGGUCUCUUGUUAUGUUUCUGAUGAUGGUGCUGCAAUGCUGACCUUUGAAGCAUUAUCUGAAACAUCCGAGUUUGCCCGAAAGUGGGUUCCUUUCUGUAAGAAGUUCAACAUUGAGCCACGUGCCCCAGAAUUCUAUUUCGCUCUGAAGAUAGAUUAUUUGAAGGACAAGAUUUUGCCCUCAUUUGUGAAGGAGCGCAGAGCAAUGAAGAGGGAAUACGAGGAGUUCAAAGUUCGAAUCAAUGCUUUAGUUGCUAAGGCUCAAAAGGUUCCUGAAGAAGGGUGGACUAUGCAGGACGGCACCCCAUGGCCUGGGAAUAAUGUGAGAGAUCAUCCAGGAAUGAUUCAGGUGUUUUUAGGUCAAAGUGGAGGAGUGGACACUGAUGGCAAUGAGUUACCACGCCUUGUUUAUGUUUCCAGAGAAAAAAGACCUGGGUUCAAUCAUCACAAGAAGGCUGGUGCUAUGAAUGCCCUGGUUCGAGUUUCUGCUGUGCUUACAAAUGCACCUUAUAUGUUGAAUUUGGAUUGUGAUCACUACAUCAACAAUAGUAAGGCUAUUAGAGAAGGAAUGUGCUUUAUGAUGGAUCCAUUGGUCGGAAAGAAAGUUUGCUAUGUUCAGUUCCCACAGAGGUUUGAUGGUAUUGAUCGCAACGAUCGAUAUGCUAAUAGAAACACCGUCUUCUUUGAUAUCAAUAUGAAAGGUUUGGAUGGGAUUCAAGGACCUAUUUAUGUUGGAACUGGUUGUCUUUUCCGGAGGCAAGCUCUCUAUGGUUUUGAUGCUCCAAAGGCCAAAAAAACGAUUUCAAGGACCUGCAACUGCUUGCCGAAGUGGUGCUGCUGUUUAUGUUCGGGCAGAAAGAAGAAGAAGGCACUUAAUAAACCCAAAUUUGACAAGAAAAAGAAGAAUUCUAAGAAGGCAGAGGCUGGAGCUCCUGUCUUUGCUUUGGAGGGUAUAGAAGAGGGUGUUGAAGGAAUUGAAAGCGAGAAAACUUCCCUGAUGUCGGAGCAUAAACUGGAAAAGAAGUUUGGUCAAUCUCCUGUGUUCGUCGCAUCCACAUUGAUGGAGCAUGGUGGCUCACUGAAAAGGGCUAGUGCUGCUUCUUUGCUCAAAGAAGCUAUACAUGUCAUAAGUUGUGGUUAUGAAGACAAAACAGACUGGGGAAAAGAGGUUGGAUGGAUUUACGGUUCCGUUACAGAAGAUAUCUUGACGGGUUUUAAAAUGCAUUGUCAUGGAUGGCGAUCCAUAUAUUGUAUCCCUAAAAGGCCAGCCUUUAAAGGAUCUGCACCUAUCAAUCUUUCUGAUCGUCUCCACCAGGUUCUUCGCUGGGCCCUUGGUUCUGUGGAGAUUUUCUUGAGUAGACAUUGUCCACUUUGGUAUGGGUAUGGAGGUGGUCUUAAAUGGUUAGAGAGGUUUUCUUACAUAAAUGCUACAAUAUAUCCGUGGACAUCAUUCCCUUUAUUGGCAUACUGUACCUUACCCGCAGUGUGUCUUCUCACCGGAAAAUUUAUUACUCCAGAGCUAAGCAAUGUUGCAAGUUUAUGGUUUUUGUCUCUCUUCAUCUGUAUUUUUGCCACCGGUAUCUUGGAAAUGAGGUGGUCUGGUGUUGGUAUUGAUGAAUGGUGGAGAAAUGAACAAUUUUGGGUCAUUGGAGGUGUUUCAGCACAUCUGUUUGCAGUCUUUCAAGGUCUCUUGAAGGUGUUGGCUGGUGUUGAUACUAAUUUCACGGUCACGUCCAAGGCUGGGGAUGACGAAGAUUUCUCAGAGCUAUAUGCGUUCAAGUGGACUACAUUGCUUAUUCCACCGACUACAUUGUUGGUAAUAAACAUUAUUGGAGUGGUUGCUGGAGUCUCAAAUGCUAUAAAUAAUGGGUACGAGUCAUGGGGGCCUCUAUUCGGUAAGCUGUUUUUCGCUUUCUGGGUGAUUGUGCAUCUGUAUCCCUUUCUCAAGGGUCUUCUGGGUCGGCAAAACAGGACGCCCACCAUCAUUAUUGUGUGGUCUAUCCUUCUUGCUUCGAUCUUUUCCCUUUUGUGGGUUAGAAUCGAUCCAUUCUUGGCCAAGUCAAAUGGACCUCUAUUGGAGGAAUGUGGCCUGGACUGUAAUUAGCAAGUCCUAGGUAUUAAUUCUUAGAAUGUUUCUAUCACCACACCAUAGAAGAAAACAAGGAUGGAUAUAUACAAGAAAAGUUGGGUGUGAUGGGAUUCUGCGAUGUGUAGAUAGAUGCAAGAAAAAAGAGAGGCUGUAUUGGCAUUUUUGAGGGUGGUUUCGGAAUCAGAUGAUGCUUGUUUGUACUAGUGGGAAAGUAAAUCAACCCAACAUGGCCAGUCACAGUCUUCCGUUUGUGUGGAAGUUUAUUGUUUGUGAGAUAAAUUAGAACAGUUUUUAUAGAAGUACUCCUUGAUUCUUUAUUAGUUUGGGUGAGAAACGUCGAAGAGGAACACGGAUCAACCUCAUUGUUACACGUCCAUGUAUUAGUACUAUUAUUCAGUUGAUCUCUCUGUAUUUGAUUUCUUCACAAAAAUAAGUCUUGGCUUAUUUCAGCCUUGCUACAUUGUAACAACAAAAAAACAGCAGAACUCUCAUAUGGGUGUUUCUUCGUCAGGUGAGGGCUUUUAUAUUAUUCUCCACCCUCUAUUAUUACCCUGUUGAAAUACCUUGUUCAGAUUUCAGAACUUUAUAAUUACAGCACUUUUGAUA